AUGAAGCGCAACACAGUUUUUCUGGUUUCGGCAGUGAUGAUGAUGAUGAUGGUGACCAUCGUGGUCCAGGCCACGGAGGCAAAAGCAGCCGCACCAAAAGAAACGGAGACGCAAACAGACAAGGCACAAGCAACGGAAGAACAGGGCCCCACGGAGCCAUUGACGUCAUCAUCAGCGCACCUCGUCACGUUGAGCGGGACCGCGUGGGGUGGCCUUGUGGAGAAGAACAGCGCUCUGCUCAAACUGGCUCUCAUCAGCGACAUUAUGAUGCAACUGGAGCGCAAGUACACCAUCGACAACAAUAUCACCUUUGUGUCGCUCUCCGUUGAUGAUGGUCUCGAAGUUCACUUUUCCGUGGACCAGGAGGUGAUUCUCAAGGGGUCCGCUGCCAAGUUGCAGUACCUAUGGUCCGCUGAAGAGGUCACCUCCAUGUUGGCUCAGGGCGGCUUCCCCACGACACUGUCAGUGUAUCCUGGCCCUGACAAGGCAGUCCUCAUCAGUGUUCGGGUCUAUGGCGCUGGUGAACAGGGAAGCGAGUGUGAUGGUAUUUGUCAGCACGUUCAGUAUUUGGCAAUGGGGAUCGGUGCCUCGAUGGCGUUUAUCUUUGUUGUUGUUGUGCUCUGGAUGUGCUGUCACUGCUGCAGCCGCAAAGAGCCAGAGGGGCAGAUUAUAUACAUACGUGAAGGCUCAAAAUUUUAG